AUGUCGAUAUCUAUAGUAAUAGACCAGCUCAAGGCGCCACCGCGGCCCUCAAUAAUACCAACGCUCUACCUCCUCCAAACUUCCAAAUCCCAAAUCUCCACCCUUUCAAAAUCGCAGUUGCAGCACUUGACAUCGCGCACUUUGCAGCUCGUGCGAUCCCCAGACACGUAUACGAGAUGGUAUGGGUUAAACGUGAUGCUGGUGCUAGUUUCAAACUACGUGAUCCUCGCUAACGACGGAGCCAAUUUCAUGACGCAACUCAUGGCGAUUUUGGAGAAUUACAAUUCCACCAUCGACAUCGUGAUCUUGCGCCAGACGAUUGAGUGUUUGAUGGUGAUGAUGCGCGAGGUCAGGGAUAAGCCCACGUUAACGAGAGAAAUCUUGACUCCAAAGUUGGGCGCUGUGAUUGCGUUAUUGACUGAGCUUGUCCAGUUUGAUGCCACGUUGUGCAUUUCGAGCUUGUUUGAGAUUUUGAGCCACCACCCCACCACGUUUAGACCGCAUGCUAAUAAAUUCAGGGCGAAGUUGGUGGGGUUGGUGCGGGAUGGGUUCGGUGAGUUUCCAAGUGAUUUGAAGAUGUGCGUGGGGCGCAGUUUGGCGAUGUUGCCCGUUAUUGAAAAGAAUGAGCCCGAGGCUAAAUGGGGCGCCGAUGUCCGCGGGCUCAUUGGAGAGAUUUGCGGGUUGGUGAAUGUUUACGCAGAGUUUUUGAACUUCAGAGAUGAUUCAAGCUUGGCUGGGUUGAUCGCAAAGUUGCCCCAGGGGAAAAAGAGCAAUAACAAGGAUAAUGAUGGUGGUGAUCAACAAGUGAUUUUUGAUCCGUUGGAUAUAGAUUUGAACAGAUUGGAAAGCGUGUUUGGGCUAAGUGACCGUGUUGAGUGUUUGAUGGAGUUGUUGCUGUGCUUUUUGACCACGGGCGGAGUCUCGAGGUGCAAGGUGCCCUUGGGAAGUGUGCUCGUUUUGUGCGAGUUGAUUUUCUCGAUCAAUACUCGAUUCUUGAGCUUCAAGCUGGAUGUUAGGGAUAGUGAAGUUCGUCAAGUUGUUCAGGCUACGUUGAAUCGUAACUAUAUUGCCGCGUACAAGUUGAUGAAUUCGUUGUUGAGUUUCAGAGGUGCGCUUGUGCCUCACUUGGGCCAGAUUUUAAACAUGAUGGAGUUUAUUAUUCCAAUGGUUCAGAAUAAGAAGAUCAACAGUGAAGCUGUUAAACGCUACGACGAGGUUUAUGUGGAGUUGAUCUCAUGUGUGAGCAAUUAUUUGGAUUUGGUUGGGGUGGUGCUGGACCAGGCCCUGAUUUUACCCUUUGUUGAUGUAGCAUUGAUCUUGAUUGAGCCUAGAAAUUUAGAGGCAUCAUCACAACCACAAGAUCAGCAACAGCAACUUACCGGCGGAAACACAGACUCGACGGGGAAAAAGCAUGCAAAAAAGAGAAAGAAUCAGUCUGCUGCGCCGUUAUCCGAUAUCCUCUCACACCAGCACUUGUUCCAAUCCAGCGUGCCCCAGCAGAGUCUCACAGUCGUCGAGUCGUUUUUGAAUCGCGUGAUCCGCAAGGCUCCGCUUCCAUCGAACCAGCAUUACAAGAUUUUGAAAUUCAUCAUUCGUGAAUGUAUCCAGUACAAAAACUCGAGUUUGGAACACUCAGUCCCGAAACAAUUGCGAGAGUUGCUAGUUGGUGCCGUGUUGAACCCUGGAUAUGGCAAUAACAACAUCUUGCCUAUUGUAUCGCUGAUUUUAGGCCACGAUGAGACCGUUUCGGUUUUCAAUAAUCCGCGAUUGCCUGCGUUGCCGCAAUAUCGAAGUGAUGCUGUUGAUGAGGAUUUCUUGGUGGAGGAAGAGGAGAGAGAGGAAGGAGAUGGCGGCGAGGUGACGAGGGAAGUUAGUGCUAAGGAGUUGGCUAUUCAGAAGUUAUUGAAGGAACAACAAGCUGAGAAGGAACGAGCAGAACGGGAGAGACAAGCUGAAGCUGAAGCCAAUGCGCGAGUGGGCACGGAUGCUGAUGCUGAUGAGGGCAAGGAAACAAAAGUUGACUACAAUUUCAGUAUAAAGAGGCCAUUGGAGGAAGAAACUGGACGAGCUGUUAUUGAAAAGAAGGCAAAAGUAGAGGAAAAGAAGGCGGAAGCCGUGGUGGAGACAAAGAAUGUCUCAUCUUUCGUUAAUGAAACUGAGCCAGCUGGUGAAAACAAAAAUGAUGAAGAAGAAAAUCUAGAUGAUGGGUCCGAUUUUGAAAUGCCCGAGAUCAACAUGGAGCUGGAUACGGAAGAAGAAGAGGAAGAGGAGUAG